AUGAAGUUUUUAUUAUUAUUAGUUUUAACAAUUUGUUUAGUCAAUGUUGGAUUAGCAAAAAGUGUUGAACCUCGUGGUGUAAAAUUAGCAUUAACAAAAUCAUCAGAUUCAAUGAGAGUCACAUGGUGGACUGAAGAAAAGAUGUUGUCACCAGUGGUUUUAUACAGCACAAAGAUGUUCACACCUGAAAGAGAUUCAUCAUUUGCAGUUCAAGCUGAAGCUCAAAAGUUUGACAAAUCUGAUUAUUAUGGCUAUCCAACUACAGCAGUUCUUCCAGAUCUUGAAGAAUCAACAACCUAUUUCUAUUAUGUUGGUGACAAAGCUCAAGGUGUUUAUAGCAAUCAAUUUAAUUUUACUACUGGUUUAAUUAACAAAGAAAGAUCAAACUCAUUUAGACCAUUUAAAUCAAUUUUCUUUGGUGACAUGGGUUAUGGAGAAACCUAUACAACUGUUGACAAUAUUUUAUCCCGUCUUGAUGACGAUUUAUCAUUUGUUGCCCAUGUAGGUGACAUUGCAUAUGCUGAUGUCAAAAAUGGUGGUGUCCUCUAUGGAGACCAAACAGUUUAUAAUUUAUUUUUAGAUGCCAUUGAACCAAUUACUUCAAAUAAACCAUAUUUGGUUUGUCCAGGUAAUCAUGAUGUUUUUAAUGAUCAAUCUUAUUAUCUUAAAACAUGGCAAAUGCCAACUGAUAAACAUAAAGAUUCAUGGUAUUCAUUUGAUUAUAAUGGUGUUCGUUUUGUUAGUUUUUCAUCUGAACAUGAUUGGUCAGUUGAUUCCUCACAAUAUAAAUGGAUCGAAAAACAAUUAAAAAGUUACAGAGAAUCAAAUCCAGAUGGUUGGCUUGUAGUUUACUCACAUAGACCAGUUUAUUGCUCUGCUAAAUGGAAAUGGUGCUCAUCUGAUAAUAAAAAAGUAUAUUCAUUAAAGAAACCUUUUGUUAAAGCAAUUGAAAAAUUAUUAUACAAAUAUAAUGUAAAUCUUUAUAUUGGUGGUCAUUCACAUAGUGUUGAAUAUACCUAUCCAGUUUAUAAAAAUCAAGUUAUGGGUGAUUAUGAUGAUCCAAAAGCAACUGUUCAUAUUACCGUUGGUACAGGUGGCAAUGUUAAUAGAUUAUUAAAAUGGUACGAUCUUCCAAGUUGGGCAAAUGACUUUAGAAGCAGUGAUAAUGGAUUUGGUGUAUUAAACUUUGUAAAUGAAACCCACUUAAAUUGGCAAUUCAUUUCAAAUGAAGAGGACAACCAAGUAAUCAAUGAAUUCUAUUUAGCCAAAGGCCAAUUUUAA